AUGGCACUCAUGCCCUUAUGCAAACGCAAGAGUGGUAUUGGAGGCCUCUCUGAUGGCGUCCACGCCAAGGUGCAGCCAUUUGAGGAGGUGGGGGAUCUACCAGUAGUGCCGAUGGUGGACAAAGGAGGACAGGCAGCCUACUUGGAUAACCUUGAAAUCCCCGAUCUCAUUCCAGGAGCAGACGGUUUCGUAGCUCCUGAAAGUCAAAUUAUAAAGCUGCCUGAGGUAACAAUUGAGGAGAUCCGUGGUUCUUCAAAGGCGGCCCACGAUGACCCCGACGCUGCCGAGAAGCGAGAGAAAAUUAAAGAAAUGACUAGGCAUGCCUGGUCCAACUACGUGAAGUACGCCUGGGGUCAUAAUGAGCUCAAGCCAUUGUCGAAGACCUUCCAUGAUACGGAUAUUCUGGGUCGUGUUCCUCUUGGCGCUACCAUUGUCGAUUCCAUCGACACCCUCUAUAUCAUGGGGCUGGAGGAGGAGUAUAAACAGGCAGCAAAGUGGAUCCGGGACAAACUUGACUUCUCCAAUGCGGUGAGUGGAACACGUCUUUUUCUCGAUUUGCCAUUUGAACGUAGUCUUUUAAACUCUGGAUGUUUUCACCCAACCGAGAUUUCAGUGUUUGAAAUCACAAUCCGGUUCAUUGGUGGUCUUUUGAGCAUUUACUCGAUGACGAAAGACAGAGUUUUCCUUGAUCGUGCAGUUUCCAUCCUGGACAGCUUGCUACCGGCGUUUGAUACCGAAACCGGUCUUCCAGCCUCCCUUUUCAAUCUCCGAACUAAGAAACGCCGCAACUUCAACUGGGCAAGCAACGGAUGCCACAUUCUCUCCGAGAUUGGGACGCUCCAUAUGGAAUUCCAGUUCGUCUCCGAUCUUACUGGUGAUAUCAAAUACAGUCAAAUGGUACACCGGAUUAGGGACUAUAUCGAAGCAGCCUCCAAAGCCUCCGACAAUCAGUUUCGUACCCACGUGAGUGCCAAGCAAAAGGUCUUCUGUAACCGUAGGGUGACGCUCUCCGGUGAGGGCGACUCCUUUUUCGAGUACCUCCUCAAGGAGUGGAUUCGUACCGGCCAUGCUGACACCAAAGCUCGUGAGCUCUACAAUCGCUCAUUAGAAUCCUUUGAACGUCUCAACAUGCUCCGCACCAGUAAGAUGGGCAGUUUCUACGUCACUGAUUCGCAGCAUGGUUCCCCUGGUAAUUCCAUGGGUCAUCUAGCUUGUUUCGCCGGUGGAAUGUUUGCACUGGGUGCUGAGAAGCAGGACACGAGCGACGUGUGGUUCCUUCGCGGCAAACAAGUGACGGAGACUUGCCGCAAGUCCUACGCCCAAACAGAGACAAACUUGGGACCUGAAUCCUUUCGUUUUACCAAUAACGUGGACGCGAUGAGUGUAUUCAAAAACGAAAAACUCUACCUUCUGCGACCCGAAACAGUCGAGUCAUACUUCUAUAUGUGGCGGUUCACUCAUGACAAUGUGUAUCGGGAAUAUGCCUGGGAUGUUGUUCAGGCCCUUGAGAAACACUGUCGCUCGGAGGGCGGUUUUUCGGGUUUGAAGGAUGUAACAAUUGCAACUCCAACUCAGGACGAUGUGCAGCAGAGCUUCUUCCUGGCUGAGACACUAAAAUACCUCUACCUUAUCUUCUGCGACGACUCGGUACUGCCAUUAAACCGAUGGGUCUUCAAUACGGAGGGUCAUCCCUUCCCCAUCAUGCCAAGGUUGACUGCAUAA